CCGAGCGGCGCCUUCCCAGCCUGCGCCCACAUGCAGCGCGCCCUGACCAGCGCCCUGCGCCUGGCGCGACCCUGGAGGCCCCUUCCCGCCCGCAGCUGCGCCUCGGACGGCGCGGCCCGGGACCGCGAGAUCCAAGUGCGCGCGCUGGAGGGUCCGGACAAAGGAAUCACUGAGAUUCUGAUGAACAGACCGCAUGCCCGCAAUGCCCUGGGAAACAUCUUUGUCAGCCAGCUGCUGGAAGCUCUGGCCCAGCUGCGGGACGAGCGGCAAGUGCGUGUCCUGCUCUUCAGAAGUGGAGUGAAGGGUGUGUUCUGUGCAGGUGCAGACCUGAAGGAGCGGGAGCAGAUGAAUGAUGCAGAAGUGGGGGUCUGUGUCCAGCGGCUCCGAGGCCUGAUGAAUGAGAUUGCAGCCUUCCCUGCACCCACCAUUGCAGCUAUGGAUGGGUAUGCCUUGGGUGGAGGCCUGGAACUUGCCCUGGCCUGUGACCUCCGAGUGGCAGCUUCCUCGGCUGUCAUGGGAUUGAUCGAGACCACCCGAGGGCUCCUCCCAGGAGCAGGAGGGACUCAGAGGCUGCCUCGAUGCCUGGGGGUGGCCCUGGCGAAGGAGCUCAUCUUCACAGGCCGACGACUGAGUGGGGCGCAGGCCCAGGCCCUGGGGCUGGUGAAUCAUGCUGUGGCCCAGAAUGAGGAGGGCAAUGCUGCCUACCACCGCGCACGAGAACUGGCCCAGGAGAUCCUGCCCCAGGCCCCCAUUGCUGUGCGGCUGGGGAAAGUAGCCAUUGAUCGAGGAAUGGAGGUGGACAUUGCAUCAGGGAUGGCCAUUGAAGGGAUAUGCUAUGCCCAGAACAUCCCUACCCGGGACCGGCUAGAGGGCAUGGCAGCCUUCAGAGAGAAGCGACCCCCGAGAUUUGUAGGCGAGUAACUCCCAUUGAACCUCAAGCACGGGAGAUGCACACCUUCAAGUGCAGGAUCCAGAGGAAAACUUGCAGCAUGACUGCCCUCAUUAUUUCACAUCUCCAGACUUGUUUCCUCACAAGGACAAUAAUGUUCAUAAAAUGACUGACAUGGUGCCUGGCACUAAGGUGCUGACCUUGCCACCUCCUGCUACUUUCAUUAUUCCCUACCCUGGCUAGAUAAUCACUGGGGUUUGCUUUAGAGAAUACUGGUCUUUCCAUACUUGAAUGAUAUACUAAAAAUUUAAACAGACCCCUCUGGGCCUUUGCUGGCUCUCAGGCCUGACCUCUGCCUCUCAGUGGUCAGGUGCUCACCAGAGAUGGCAGGGCGUAGUAAGAACCCCCCCCCUCCCCCGGUUUCUAACUGUACAAUAGAGAUCAUAAGGAAACCCUAGUAGAUAAGUAGGUACCAGGAAUCAGAUUGCAGAAUCUAGCUCCCUGCCAGUUACUCACUGUGUGCCUUAGCUUCCUCAUCUGCGAAGUAAAAUUAUUUUGAGGAUUUAAAUAAAUAAAAUGCUUCAUAUUCAAUAAAUCUGAGUUAUUAAUGUACAGUGUUCUUGUGAGAACCAAAUAAAAUCAUUGUUGUGAAAACCUUUUGUAAACUA